UUUAAUUAAAAACUAUUCGCCUUAUUGACAGUAAUUAAAUCAACUUGUCGUCGCCAGUAAAAAGCCCAUUCAUCUUAAUGCUUGGGACACGAUACUAAAAUCCCACUUUGGAAACCACGACAAUCAGUCGCUUAACUGUUUCGUUAUCAUAGGAAGAUGUGAAGGUGAUAGAGACGAAACGCUUGGAAUGGUAAAAAUCUGCAGCAAAUCGUUAAUUCUUUCGAAAACAGCACUUUACUCCAGUCAUCUCCACUGAUUCCGGGCCAGGCAACAUGAAUCAUAAAACCCUCCCUGAACAAGCUGUGGAAUCUGGCAGAGAAAAGUUGAAUGAUAGGAAAUCAUCUUCAUUUAUGAUGGAAAAUAUAUUGAAGCCCGAUAAAUUUGCUACAAGACUACAAGAAUUUCGUGGUGAAGCUCCAUCCAAGAUCAAAGCCCUUUCAGUGGCAGCCCAGCUCGCAGAUAUAAUUCUGGAAGCCCGGCAAGGUUCCUCCACGACACAGCUACGUCGCUCACGAACCAACUUCACACGUUACCAGCUUCGAAUUCUAGAAGAUACGUUUUCCAAAACCCAUUAUCCAGAUAUCGCUCUGCGGGAGGAGCUCGCAACAAGUACAAAGCUACCAGAAUCACGAAUACAGAUUUGGUUUAAGAACAGAAGAGCAAAGUACAGACGAAGUGAGACAAGUUGCAACAUCUGUUCAUCAUCUCCAUCCUACCAUACAUCAUACCAGGCAUUUCAAAGAGACUCUGCCUCUAUAUUAGAUUCGUCAAUUGGGUUAUCAAAUCAAGAGAGGCCAGCAUUUCUCGUGGGUCCAGCUUACGCCCAUAAGCAUGUGGUGGAAAAUAGCCACCGGGGUUUUCACUGCCCACUAAACGACUCCUGUAUCCCCGAGGGUUAUAUGUAAAUACAACCGGAUGUAAAAACGGUCUUGUUCCCUGACUUUCUGCUAUGAUACCAUCGAACCUUUACUUUUGGAUUCACGCAGACUUCCAACGUCUUUGUUUGAGGAAAAACUUAUUCCUUCUAUAUCGUCUAUGGCAUUUAUUUAACAAUCGCCGGUGAAAGAGCAAAGGUUUCACCUAACCAACGCUAAUGAAUGAUUCUAGUAAUAAAAACGAUAAUAAUAAUAGCAAUAAUAGUAAUAACAAUAAAAACCUUUAACAAAGCAGACCUCUAUGGCUACACUCUACCGGGAUAAACUAUCCUUAACCUCCGACGAAGGAGGUAAACUAUCCUUAUUCUCCGACGAAGGGCUAACGCUCGAAACGUCAGCUUUUGUAAUCAUUACGGUGGCCAAUUUACCAUUUCAACUUUGUUGAUAUAUCCAAAUUAUAUCCUUAAACAGGUGGGACUUGAACCAAGACCUCUUUUUGAGAGGGACAAAGCCGUUUGGAAGCUAAUUAAGACUGCUUGCCUGAAUUAAGUACAUUUUAUCACAGUUAUUCGUUUAAAGGCCUGGUAUUGACUAAAAACAAAACACAACGUAUACAAUGUAACAUAUACGAAACAAGGAUAUCCAUAUUAAAAUUCUACUUGCUAAUUUU